AAAAGCAAAGGGACACCUGGGAAUCGUCCCUCAUUAACUACGCAAUAAAUUUCAAAAAAUAUUUGUUCCGAUGCUGAGAACAAUUGUUAGUAGGUAAACACUAAUAUUUGAAUAAUUCAAGUUUAAAAGAUGCUAUUUCAGUUGAUACAUUUAACACAGCAGCAAGUUCCGAAAAUAUUGAUAUAUCAAAUGAUGAAUCAGAAACAUCUUAUUUGGGUAAAUUAGAAUAUUCCUUGUGUUAUCGUACUCAAAAAGAAGAACUCAAAAUACAGAUUGUUGAAAUAAGCGGUUAUUUGUCUAAUGCUGAUGGUAUAACCGAUUUAUUUGUUAAACUCCAGUUUUUACCAGAUAUCGGAAAACGUAUUGAAACUAAACCUCAUCGAAUAAUAGAUACAAAAUCAGAAAUAGGAGAAGCAUUUACAGUCAAGGAUUUAUCUGUUGCUAACAAGCAAGAUAAAACAUUAAUAUUUCAUAUUUAUGCUACAGAUCGUAAGGUUCGUUUCGAUCUAAUUGGCGAACUGCGUGUAGACUUAAAUACAUUGGAUCAUGAUAAAGUUACUCGAGCAGUCAAAGGAUUUACAGUACCGACUCUCAUCGAAGAAAAUUCUAUUAAAGAAAAAAAAAUAAAAGUAUAUAACUAA